AUGCUAAAUUCAUUUCGAAAGUGGGUACAAAGUGCUGUGGAUGUUACAUUAGAUCCACCUCAAAUUGAUCAAACACCGACUAAUCAUCAUCAUGUUCAAUUAUCGACUCAUUCAACUAACUAUUUAUCGAGACCAAUGUCAAUGGAUAAUUUUAAUAAUUCGACUAGUCGACGGCGAAGUUCAUCAUCAACUCUACCGUUACGUUUACCCAUAUUACCACCUUCAUCACCUGAAAUCGAUUUAAGUCAUUUAAAUAGAGACGAACAAGAACAUAUAGCAGCUGUUUUAAGACGAGCGAGACAAGUUGAACAACAAGAACAACAUCAACAACCAGAUAAUUUUGCUACUGACACUAUAUCAACAUCAUCGUCAACUUCUUCUAGUAUAAACGACGGACAACAGCUGCAGCAACAACCACAUGGAGAAGAAAACGGGAUUAGUUAUUUGCCAGCAAUUGAACAACAACAAAAUAAACAUAAUGAUGUAGAAAAUGGAAAUUGUGAAAUGUGCCAGAAACAACUUGAACAACCAUUAUCAUCAUUAUGCUCGAAUUGUAUAGAAAAACCACGCUUGGAUAAUAAUGAGAUCCCUACAAAAAUGUCAUUUAAUAAAUAUACCGAUAUUGCCGGAAAACAAAUAUUUGGUGUUUCAAAAUCAAAAAUGGCGGUUCCAGAUCAACAUUCUCAAAUAAACGGUUUCGGAUAUUGGAAUAAGACAGAAGAAGAUGACAUUGAGUCAACAAAUAACGUGAAUAACAUUUAUGACAAUAUUUCAGCUCAAGGAGCACUCGUUGAAUCUAUUGAUGAUGAUGAUGACGAUGAUGAUGAUGUUGAUGAUGAUGAUAAUAAUAAUAAUCAUAACGAAGAAGAAGAAGAAGAAGAAGAUGCACGGACAACAAAUGCUAUUGGCGAAUAUGCAUCUUAUAUUAGUAAUCACUAUAAUUCCCAACCUGUCAUAAGUCCAGAAGAAAAUAAACCAACAUCUUCUCAUGAAAUAGAAUCCUCCGCUAGUAGUGCAAAUGUUCUUGAUGAACUUGUUGUUAUUGUUCCAUGUAAUAGAUUGAAUAGUACACGUUUAGGCAGUCUAACAGAGGUGGCUGAAGAAGAUUUUCUCUAUCAGGGGCCAUCAUAUGCUGAAACAAUUCCAAUUGAAAAUACAUCUAUCGUUGAACAAACGACUUCCCAACCGCCUCAAUAUAUUGUCGAUGAAAUUGACGAUUAUCUAUCGUCAGAUGAAGAGAAUAAUAGUCAUCAUCAACAGAAGCCACAGUUAAUCAUAGAAGAACGUGAUCAUAUUCAAGAAUUAGCGGAUACAAUAGCAAAUAUAUCGAGAAAUUUUCCAUUAACACGACCAAUAACAACAACCGAUAAUCUGUUGAAAAAGAUUGUUGAUAUUAAUGCUAUACAAGAAAUGGAAAUUGAACCUAUUGUAGCAACAGAACCACAAGACGAAAUAGUAUCAAGACCUGGAAGUCUUAGUCGAUCAUUAGGUAUCCAUCAAAAAUUAAAUCAUAUAAGUCAAAAAUCACUGGAUAAAGAACAUACUUUAACUAUCACAGAUGUAACUGAAAAUACUAGUCAUACUCAACCGCCAAGAAUGGACAUAUUCUCAAAAUGUAUGCGUCAAGCUGAAAAGAAUCUAAUAACAGCAACAGGAACAAAGAGUUUGCCAAGAAAAAUACCUGAAUAUAAGGAUCCAAAACGUAUGAAACGUAAUUUACCAUCGAUUCCAUCUUCAAUUGCGCUACGACGAACGAAUUCUGAUUCGCGCUUUUCUCUACCGGAUCGUAGUGCCACACAAAAUGGUUUCUCAAAUCGUUCAUCAGAUCCAGUAUGUUUUCGUGAACAUCGAUUAUUUUUAUCUACCGAUCCACAAAAUACCCAUCAAUUAAAUUCAUUACGAGAAGACUUUGAUGAAGAUUUGCUUGAAAUUGAUUUAAAUACAGUCGGUACAAAAGAGCGUUCAAAAACAGAUUCUAUUGUUACUCCGUAUGAGUUCGCUUCUCAACCUGACUUAACAAAGAACGAGUUGUCUUCCAAAACAUGUGCAACUUUAAACAGUUCAAAUCAUGAACAAGAAGAACAUCUACUAUCGUUACCACCUAAAGUUCUGCUUAAAGAUCAAACAACCAGCACUAACGAUCGACAUACAACGAAAAAAAAGGUUAAAAGAAAAGAUCCCGAUGCGCGACAAAAACAUAAUCUGAUAAAUGGUAUUACAAAAACUGAUAAUGAGACAAAUACAGCAGAAACAACAACAGAAGAUUUAGAUCAAAUUCGGUUACCAACAAUAAGACAUGAUGGUACGGAUCUUGGAUUAAAAAUCACCGGUGGUCAUUCUCUACCGGAUUGUACAGAAGUAACAGCCAUUAUUGAAACAAUUAAUGAGCAUCAUCGUAACUACGAAAUAUUAAAAAACGCUGUGAGAGCAGGAGAUGAAGCAUUAGAAAUUGGAGGUGUUAGUCUUCGAGGUAAAAGUACAUUGUUUGUACAAAAUUUAAUGAAUUCAAUUCAAGAUGAAUUUGAAAUUGUUGUUCGAAGCCAAAAGAUUGAUGUUGAUCAAACUAAAGUUAAUUCGUCAGUCCUUCCACUUAUUGUUCAACUCAAUCCAAUUGAUAUAGUUCAAGAAAAAAAGAAUUUAUUAACAGCUGACUCGUCAUUCGAUAUGGAUAUGGAAUUUUCGAAAUCACGGCGACGGGCCGAUAGUUUUCGUCGUUAUUCCGAACCAAGAGCAGAGGUUGCUACUGUUGUAAUACCAUCUAGUAUUCCUCUAUCAAAUGUUGUCAAAUCACAUUCAACAAUGAUUAGACCACCAGUAAAUAUUCCAUCCAAAUCAACAUCAAAUACUCUAUUACCUAAUGGACAACAUCAUUCUUAUUCAUUAUCUGUUCAUGAUUUACAGCAUACUGGUACAAGUAGUAUGCCAAAGGAACGUUUAUUUUCUGUCGACCGUUUAUCGAGGGAAUCUUUACAUUCAUCUAAGUCAAACGAACAUCUAAAAAAGACACUUAUCAAUUCUGACAAUACAUAUCGUCCAACGUGUGCAGUCUCAUUUAAUUUAGACACUGAUACUCUACCACUGACAAAUGAUUCGUUUGAUAAACAAGAAAGUGGUGUUUAUAAUUUAGCAGAGCAUGAACGAAAACAUUCAUCAUCUCAUACAACAUCGCCAUAUUCCGAUGAUUUUGAUAAUAGGAUGUUUAAUAAUGAUAUUCAACAAUACGAAACCGGACAUCGACUACCAACGCCGAUAACACCAUCAACAACGCCGAAACUAUCCGAUAUCGUUUAUCCUCUACUAACAGCUACUAACGAUAAUACAACAAUUCCUUUAAUGUUGAAUAAUGAAGAAGAACCAAUCGAUAUUCCUAAAGUGCCAGUGAGAAGAUUAUCAUAUAGAAAAGAACGAUCAAGUGAUGCUUCAAGCAUAAAUGAUCAAAAAUUGUCUCAAAGUCCAACGUCAGACAAGAAAUUACUCGAUGAAAACAACUAUCGGCGAUAUGAGCAUCGAAAUAGUUUAUGUCCAUCAGAUUAUGGCGAUCGACGUGGAUCAAAUGAAUCGGAUGAAAGUGAUAAUCUAUCAAAAUAUUUUCCAUCGGAUCAAAGUCGAAAAAGUUCGUUGAGAGAUGGUACUUUACCAUCCUUAUCGACACCACAAAAUUUAAAUAAAACAAAACUGACACCGCGACGUAGUAACAGUGUUAAUGCUUCACGUACGAGUCGAGGAUCGUAUAGUGAUGAAGGGACAGCGAGUGCUGAUUUAACAAAUGCAUCUAAACGUUUACAAGAUUUUCUUCGAUCAUCAUCCGAUGGAAGAAAUCCAUCUGAAGCACGUGGAAAAGGAUUGAGACUGAAUUUUUUAAAAAAAAAGACCAAAAGUGUCGAUUUUGCAAAUGAGAGAAGAGUUUCUCAACAGCCUGAAAUGAGUGAGAAAGAUUAUGUUGGAGAUAUUCAGUUACAAAUUACUCAUAAUAAAGAAGAUGAACAAUUAGUGAUUAAAAUUCUUCGAGCAAAAAAUCUUAUAGCAAAAGAUACAAACGGAUUUUCUGAUCCAUUUGUCAAAGUUUAUCUUUUACCUGGUCGUGAUCAAGAGAACAAACGUCGUACAAAACAUGUGUCAAAGUCGUUAAAUCCUAGAUGGGAUCAUAUAGCUAUCUAUCCAAAUGUUCAUCGUGAAGAAUUACAAUAUAAAAUGGUAGAGUUUACAGUAUGGGAUUAUGAUCGAUUUAAAGCAAAUGAUUUUCUAGGUCAAGUAACUAUUGAUUUGAAAGAUGCCGCUGUUAUUGAUGAUCAACCACAUUGGUAUCGUUUGAAAGCGAUUCGUGAACGUGAAGAUACAAAUCGUUCAUCGCCAAAACUCUUCAAAAUGGGUACAUCUCUAGAUUCACCAAAAAUACGUUCAACAAUAGCAACAAGUAAAAAAUAA